AUGACACAGUCGUUCGGUACCGAAGACCUUCCGUCAUCAGCCCAAGAUCUCGCUUCUUUGCUCGUCUUGGUGGAGUCUCGACGCGAUGUGGAAGGUCAAGAUCGCCUCCCGAAGAGCACUGAGUUUCGUGAAAGCGGCAUCCAGUCGCUCACGGCAAAAGAAUUUCGUCUGAUCACGCGGGUGAGCCAUUUCGACUUCUUUCGUAUCAUAUCAGAAAUUGAAACGAAUGAAUUUUUCCAGAACAAUUCUGGUUGCGGAGAAGCCCCCGUUUGGUUGCAGCUGGUAGUUGCAUUGAAUCGCUUAGGAAACUACGGUAAUGGUGUCUCGCUCGGUAGAACACAAAAGCUUUGGGGGAUCGGCCAAGGGACCUGCGCUCUCUAUACGACUCGGGUUCUUCUUGCUUUGAAAUAUCUCGCCACCAAGUUUGUGGUGUGGCCAGAUGCCGAAGAGCGACGAUCAAUAUCGCGUCGUAUGGAGCAAAGAGGUUUUCGUGGGUGUGUAGGCUUCAUCGCUGGUAUCACGAAAGGUGAUACGACAGGCAACGUUUCGGGUCAGAAUUCGGAGCGGAGCGACGAAUCCAGUACGGAAGGUGGUUUGCGACGAUCGCCGUCGUAUUAUUGUAUUUUAUUCUGGUUGGCCAGGUUCCUGGUCUGA